GGCACAAACACUUUGGUUUCUCCGUCUUUGUUGGAGAAAUGCAUUCACAUCCACUUCUUUUACAGAAACAAAUAAAAAUUCAAUUUUUUUUAAUUUAAAUCUCUUCUUGCCUCUUCGAUCUCUCAGAUGAAUGCUCUUUGUCCCUUGUUGUCGCAUAUUCGAAAUACCCAGCUUUCCUUUCAUGGCAUCUUCCUCUCCCACUCACCUCUCUCUCUCCCUUGAUCCUUCUUCUUCCACCUCUCUCCUCAAUCUCCAAACCCAAAGAACGAUCUCAGGUUCUAACGACUUUGAGAAGACCCACUUGAGAAUUCCCGUUUCUUUCAGGAAAAAAGCUGCCAACUUGCAAAUGAUGGCAUCAGGGAAGACACCUGGACUGACUCAGGAAGUUACAAUUGAUAGGGAAGAUAACGCUGACGUGUCUGACGACAUGAAACAGCGGUUCCUCGCCUUUAAGAAGCAUAAGUACAUGGAUAACUUGGAACAUUUCAAAAAAUUGGCAGAUGCUCAAGCUCCAAAGUUUCUGGUGAUUGCUUGUGCAGACUCUAGGGUCUGCCCUUCUGCCAUCCUUGGAUUUCAACCGGGUGAUGCAUUCACUGUUCGUAACAUUGCAAACUUAGUACCUUCAUAUGAGUCUGGACCUACUGAAACAAAAGCUGCUCUGGAGUUCUCUGUGAAUACUCUUAAUGUGGAGAACAUCUUAAUUAUUGGUCAUAGCCGGUGUGGAGGAAUUCAAGCUUUAAUGAGCAUGCAAGGCGAAGGAGAUUCCAGAAGUUUCAUACAUAACUGGGUGAAAGUGGGGAAAAAGGCAAAGGAAAGCACAAAAGCUGUUGCUUCGAACCUCCAUUUUGAUCACCAAUGCCAACAUUGUGAAAAGGCGUCGAUAAAUCAUUCAUUAGAAAGGCUGCUUGGUUACCCUUGGAUAGAAGAGAAAGUGCGGAAAGGAUCACUGUCUCUCCAUGGUGGAUACUAUGAUUUUGUAAACUGCACAUUUGAGAAAUGGACUGUAGAUUAUGGAGAAAGCAGAGGCAAGAAAGAAGGCAGUGGGAUUGCUGUGAAAAACCGGUCUGUUUGGUGAUGACUUAUGACCAUCUCCAUCUUUCAUGGGAUUGUCUUUCAUAAUUUUGAGAAACAUCAGAGAGACUCAAUUUCUUGGAAUGUGAUCAGCUUACGUGUUUACUUUGUUGCAGUUGUGUGUUGAAAAUAUCAUUUUCUAAUCCUACGUCUCAUUGAGGUUUAAACUUUGGGAGAUCCCUUCGGGGGCUUACGUUUGUUUUGCCUUUAUUAUGGUUUGUGAAUUCAUGUUUCUUCUUUUGAGUUUCUUAUAUAAUCAUAUUUAUAUAAGAUGCUUACAGUCAAUACGCAAUACAUUUGUCA